UUUUACAGGUCAAUAAUACCAUGAUUGGAACCGCCAAGAAACAAGUCCGAGGGUAAGUUAGCCGUCGGUACAAUGUCUGACGCCCCAUGCCAUCGUCGCUGCAUUCGUGCAGGCGGAUUGCGCUUCGUUUUUUGUUAUUUUAUAAUAUAGCAGUCGUGUCGUACGCCGAAUUUUUAUGCAUUUCGCUUGACGUCAAGAAAGUGGUGGUUGCCAUGAAGCGCGUUUGUGGUCCGCUGAGAGCAAGACGCUCUUGGAGUAACAGCAUGCAUGAUGAGCACAUUAUUAUAGUCUAUCAUCCGCGCGCCAAGCGGAUCAAGCUAGUGUUCAGGGGUAUAAAAGGUAUAAUUGUCUUCUCGGUUGGAUGUCUUCAUCGUGGUUUUAUCGUGUAAAGUACCACGCACCAAACACGUGUCUAAUGCUCAUACAAUGACACCUUCUGAACCCCAAAAAUAAAUGCCUUAU